CUAGUAAUCAAUAAUAAUAAUGCUGCACUCCGCUGAAUUGUUUAUACAUUCAAAAAGAUACCCACCAAUGCAUUUGUACUACGUUCAAACUCCAAAGUUAGUAUCAGCUGCCCGGAGCAAAAUCCUUCACACUCUCCCACACAUUUUCGCAAGCACUUCAUUAACAAACCAUGGCCGCCGGAGAACCCAUCAAGUUUGGCAUCAUCGGUUGUGCCUCCAUAGCCCAGAAAGUUUCCCGGGCCAUAAAAAUGUCCCCACUGUCGACCCUCUACGCCGUCGGCAGCCGUUCAUUGGAAAAAGCAACGACGUUUGCCAAAGACAACGACUUUCCUGAAACAACAAAAAUCUACGGCAGCUACGAAGCGGUUCUGGACGACCCGGAAGUUUACGCUGUUUAUGUCCCUCUGCCUACCAGCUUACACCUAAAGUGGGCUGUUUUGGCAGCCCAGAAGAAGAAACACAUCCUUUUGGAGAAGCCUGUGGCCCUCAGUGUCGAGGACCUGGAUGUUAUACUGGAGGCUUGCAAAUCUAAUGGUGUCCAGUUUAUGGAUGCUACAAUGUGGAUGCAUCAUCCUCGUACUCCUCAGAUGAAACAAUUCCUUGAUGACCCCGAAAACUUUGGCCAACUCAAAUCGAUGUACAGUACCUUUACGUUUGAUGCGCCCCCUCAUUUCAUAGAGAAUGACAUUCGGGUGAAGCCAGAUUUAGAUGCUCUUGGUGCCUUAGGCGAUCUUGGGUGGUACUGCAUAAGAGCAAUCUUGUGGGCUGUUGAUUAUGAGCUGCCAAAUACUGUAAUCGCGUCGCGCAACCCAUCCAUCAACGGAUCAGGCGUCCUCCUUUCCUGUGGAGCUUCUCUGUACUGGGAGGAUGGCAAAGUGGCCACUUUCGUAUGCUCGUUUCAAGCAAACAUGACGAUGGAUUUCACUGCAACCGGAACCAAUGGCACUUUGCGCCUUGAUGAUUUUGUUGUCCCUGUUGCUGAGAACAAGGCUUCAUUCGUUAAAGCUGCAAAGUCAUGGUGGGCUAAGCGUCUGCUUGGGUGGAUGCCUCGGACGAGCGAACAUGAUGUAUCGACAGAUCUUACUCAGGAAGCUCUAAUGGUGGAGGAGUUUUCUAGGUUGGUCAACAGUAUUAAAACUGAAGGCUCCGAGCCAGAUACGAAAUGGCCAGUCUAUAGUAGGAAAACGCAACUGAUUGUGGAUGCAGUCAAGGCGUCUAUCGACAAGGGCUUUGAACCUAUUGAAGUAGUUAGUUGAAAUGCAAUUCUUCGGUUUCCUUUUUCUGGUAUUUUCAUUUCUAAUUCUCUGUAAUAAACAGGGCUAUCAGAAAGGUUAUGAUAUUAUCCAUCUGAUGCAAUAAUAUCUG